AUGCCUUGAGUGAUGCGCAGAACGUGUGCGCACUAACAAAAGUAGGCACCGUCCUUAAUAAACACACCGUGACCGUAAACUUAAAGCUAAGGACGAUAAGUGAUUUGAAUACAGCAAAUAAAACUCAUUUUUACGGUUUAUACGGCAGAUAGAUUACGCGGUCGCUCUUGGUGCUGUUGGAGCCCUCGUCUUCCCAGAACCUCCUCCAUCUGGACCUGAUCCUGACGAUACCUAUCCUAACACGCGCUGGACGUCAGGCGAAGCUAUCCCCGAAAGACCAGUGGCUGCAAACUGGGGUGAUCCACUUACCCCAGGAAUGCCAUCUAUUGAGGGGAUGUACCGAGGACCCAUGAAUAUGACCAAAUUGGCCGCCAUACCAACGCAGCCAAUCUCUUACAACGACGCCCUGUUUCUGCUGAAGCAGCUUAAAGGCGAUAAAGUACCAAAAGAAUGGCAAGCAAGUUUUAAUGUUUCCUUCGGUUUUGGGCCGGGUUUCAUCGACAAUAACACCACUGUGCGAUUGCAUGUGAACAACAUUAUAACCGAGAAAUCAGUAUACAAUGUUAUUGGUACCAUCCAUGGUCGCGAGGAACCUGACAGAUAUGUAAUAAUCGGUAGCCAUAGAGACGCGUGGUUUUUUGGGGCCGCUGAUCCUUCGAGCGGCACAGCGGCCCUUAUGGAAAUAUCACGGGCAGUCAGCAAAAUGCUUAAAGAAGGAUGGAAACCCAGAAGAACCCUGAAGUUCUGCAGUUGGGGAGCAGAGGAAUUUGGACUUAUUGGCUCUAUAGAAUGGGUAGAACAAAAUGAGAAGAUUCUGCAAGAUAGAGCUGUUGUUUAUUUGAACACGGACGUGGCGGUUGGUGGCGAUUACGUUUUAGUCAGUCAAAAUUGUCCACUUCUCUCAACGGUCAUUUUUUCUUGGGCCAAGAAGGUAAAAGAUCCAAAUGCACAUGGCAAUAAAACAAGUCUGUAUGACAUCAUGGUUGAGCGAAACCCCUCACGAAGUAAUCCUGGGGAACCUUAUGUUGUACCAUACAGCUAUUUCAGUGACUAUUAUCCAUUUUACAUGUACUCCGGUAUACCUUCAGCAGAUUUUAGCUACUUUUUCGGACCUGGUAACCCAGUAACACUGUAUCCUGUUUACCACACUCAGGAAGACAAUUUCUUUUGGAUGAAAAAAGUCGACCCGGAGUUUAAAUUUCACGAGGCCGUAACGAAGUUUGAAGGCGGACUUUUGAUUGAAUUGGCGGAUUGUCUUCUCUUACCGUUUGACGUUACUCGUUACGCAAAGACACUGAUAACAGCUUACGAGGAGCUUAUUAAGAAAAUGAAAAACCCAGGCAUUUCUACUGAUUACGUUCGUAAAGCUCUUUAUAAAUUCAGGAAUGCCAGUCAAGCUUUUGAUCAAGCAAAGUCCAAGUUAAAUCCAGACUUAGCCAGCCCAUUACGUUUGCGCAGGCUCAAUGAUCAAAUGGUACAAGUCGAGAAGGCUUUUAUCAGUUCUUUAAAGUUGUCAAGAAGUUACCUUAUGAGGCACGUGUUUACCAGUUCAGGUAAUCCUUUUCCAGGGGUCACGCAAGCAUACCUGGCAGGAGAUAGAGCCGAGGUUGAAAGGCAAAUAUCGUUAGUAGUCGAAACAAUCUCUUCUGCUGCGCAGAUCAUACAGCCAGAAGCAUCUGCUUAAUACAGCAAUUCUUGACACACUAAGCACAUGAUGACUGGCUCCAAGGGAAACAGUCAGUUUUGUUUCCCCGACACCCUCAAUGUUCCCCGAGGCGAAUGUCGAGGGGAAACAAAACUCACUGUUUC